GGAUCCGAGGGAAAACAGGGUCCUCCAGGAGUUAAGGGCUACGUCGGCGCACCGGGUCUGCAAGGAGAAAGAGGAGAAAAGGGAACACGAGGAGACAAGGGAGAACGAGGCCUAGAUGGGUUCCCUGGAAAGCCAGGUGUGGAGGGGAAGCAGGGCCCUGCUGGUAGCCCGGGCCCUCCAGGUGCCAGUGGGAUGAAAGGACAAAAGGGUAAAAAGGGAGAGCCAGGAUUCCCAGGAAUCAAUGGUCUGAUCGGCCCUCAGGGACCUCCAGGGACCCCAGGCAUUGCUGGACCUCCUGGACCACCUGGAGCACCAGGUCUUCCAGGAGAAAUUGGAGUUUCUGGUAAAACUGGACCACCAGGACCAGCUGGAGAACGAGGGGAGAAGGGUGAGGAAGGCUUUCCUGGAAAAGCUGGCCCUAAGGGUGAACCAGGAAGCCGUGGCCAACCUGGUGAGCAGGGUGAAGCAGGUCUUCCUGGUCUUCGGGGUUUACCUGGACUGAGAGGAGAAAAAGGAGACCAGGGAGAAAAAGGAAAAGAUGGUCUCCCAGGACUGAAAGGUGAAAGAGGAGAAAAGGGUGACACGGGUUCCCCUGGACCACCAGGCUUACCUGGAACAGUGGAGGUGAACCUGGACCAAAAGGGGAGAAAGGAGAUCAAGGAACGAGUGGAGAACCUGGAUUACCUGGGGUCCCAGGUGAACAGGGUGUCCCAGGACCUGCAGGACUACCGGGCACAAAGGGGCAGAAAGGAGCCCGAGGUGAAGCUGGAGCCCCUGGAGAGACAGGUGUGCCUGGAAACCCUGGAUUACCAGGAAAGGAGGGAGAAAAGGGGGAAAAGGGUGAUCCUGGAAAAGAAGGAAAAGGGGGUUUGCCUGGGCCACGUGGUGAGCCAGGGCCUGCUGGAGAGCCAGGUUUGCCUGGUAAGGGUAAAGAUGGAGAAGAGGGGCAGAGAGGCCCACCAGGUUUGCCAGGACCCUUUGGACCUAAGGGUGAGAGGGGAGUUCCUGGCCUGCCUGGACUGCCAGGAGACAGAGGCGUGCCAGGAAUCGGGCUGGCUGGACCCCCUGGGCCUGUGGGACCCCCAGGAGACAAAGGAUCAUUGGGUCCCCGUGGUGUGCCUGGUAUUCCUGGACCACAGGGACCUCCUGGCCAGGAUGGUCUACCUGGAAAUCCAGGGGAAAGAGGACCUCCUGGAAAACCAGUAUGCCUCCCCACCCCUGCUCUCUCCAGAGGACAUCAAUCUCUUGGUAAAGGACGUGUGCAGUGAAUGCCCCCCUGGCCCACCAGGACUGCCAGGUAUCCCAGGUUUCAAAGGUGAUAAAGGUCUCCGAGGACCACCAGGCAGAGAUGGCCAGGAUGGGAAAAUGGGGAAUGCUGGCCCCAGAGGUCCUGCAGGCCCACCUGGGCUGGAUGGCCCAAAGGGUGCUAAAGGAGACCGUGGUAUGACUGGGGAUGCAGGAGAAAAAGGUGAACAGGGACCAGAUGGGGCACCGGGACCAAUAGGACCAGCAGGAAACCCAGGAGACAUAGGUAAAGAUGGUCCUCCAGGUCCACAGGGCCCACCAGGGCUGCCUGGAAUUCCGGGCAUUGCUGGGAAUGAUGGCAAAGAUGGCAAGCCUGGAUCUCUUGGGGAACCGGGAAAGCCUGGAGAACCAGGGCUCCCAGGCCAGGAGGGUGCCAGAGGCUUGCCGGGUUUCAAAGGACAGAGAGGAGAUACAGGUCCCCAAGGUCCCCGGGGGGAGCCAGGAGCAAUAGGUCCUGCUGGUCGUGAGGGGCCACCAGGGAAGGAUGGUGAUAUUGGUCCCAUAGGACCCCAGGGCCCUCGAGGACUCAGGGGGCAGCCGGGCAAGAAUGGAUCACCUGGAUCUGCAGGAGAACCUGGCCCACCAGGUAACCCAGGUCCUAAAGGAAAUAAAGGAGAAAGUGGCAGCCCAGGUCUCCCUGGCUUCAUAGGACCCAGAGGACCACCUGGAGAACCAGGAGAGAAAGGGCCUCCUGGAAAAGAGGGUGCACCAGGGAAACCAGGUGAAAUUGGUUCCAAAGGAGAGAGGGGAGAGCGUGGCCUCAAAGGUGAAAAAGGCCCUCAAGGAGAAAAGGGCCCUCCAGGUGAUCCUGGGAUACCUGGUCAUAAAGGCCAUCCAGGGCUGAUGGGUCCACAUGGACCCCCAGGAGACACUGGGCAAGUUGGACCUCCUGGUCCCCCAGGACAGCCGGGAUUUCCAGGACCAAGGGGGGAACCCCCAUCCCUAGAGACUUUGAGAAGGCUCAUCCAAGAGGAGUUAGCCAAGCAGUUAGAUGCAAAGCUAGACUAUCUCCUGGCUCAGCUACAGCCUGCACAUGUAAAAGCAUCCCAUGGCAGACCAGGACCUCCUGGUCCCCCUGGGAAGGAAGGACUCCCAGGAAGAACUGGCCCCCCAGGAGAGCCUGGCCGGCCUGGACAAAUUGGGUCUGAAGGGCCACCUGGACCGAUUGGUCCCAAAGGAGAAAGAGGAGCAAAGGGUGAGAAAGGAGACACAGGCAUUGGCCAGCGAGGGGAAAUAGGUCCUCCAGGAAUUCCAGGCCUCCCAGGGGAGCCUGGCUAUGCCAAAGAUGGGAUGCCAGGACCACCUGGCCCUCAAGGUGAAGCUGGGGUGCCUGGUCUCAUGGGUCCACAGGGACCUCCAGGAGCCAGUGGACGAUGUGAUCCUGCUCAGUGUGCUUACUAUGCAAGCCUGGCUGCCAGACCUGCCAACGUCAAAGGGCCCUAGCAUGCAGGAAGUAUCCCCAGACUUGUUUUCAAAACUUGAAUCCACCAUGCCUGCAAAGGGCUCUCAGAUGUCUUCAACUGUGUUUCUUUUGUGGGAGGUCUUCUAAAGCCAACAAAUGCUGCCGGUCGGUCAGAUUAUUUUUAUGAGUUAUAAUAAUUAUUAUUAUUAUUAUCUUUGAUGUGAUAUGUGAAUUUGUUUUUGUUUUCUCUAACAGCAGGGCAUAUUAAAACAUUAAAAAU